CUUUACGAAUCCAGUUGCUUGAGGCUGAGGCCUAACGAAACCCAAAAGGCUCUGGUGAAAACCCAGGCCAGAAGGGUGUGCCGUGUGCUCACUGCUCAGCUCCACCUCCCCCGAGUAGCGGCCUUGCUCGGUAGCACUUCGGACACCGACACUAGGCAGAGCAUCCACCACUUUUCUAAAUCUGCCUUGUUUACUUUGUCACUAAUAUAACAAAAUGCCAAGAGAAAAGAGCCCCGGCUUGAAAAUCCUCUGGGUCUGGACCCUCGGCACCGCCGCCAUACUGGUUACGAGUGUGGUACGGACAAGGCUAAGGGACAUGGAAAGCCUCAUGAACGCUCAAAAAGAGGAACCCAUUUCCUCUGAUACGGUUCUAGUGGACGAGAUGCUGGGGUCUGAGGAUGUUAUACGAGAGGACAGAUCAUAGGUUUGGAUCAAUCCCAUUUUCUCCUAACUGGGGUUUUGGUUUAUUUCUUGGAGUUUUAACGGUUUGGUUGGCGUUCGAUGGUUCGGAGGGUUCAGAUAAGAUUGCGUGCUAUGUGUUUGUUGAAUGUUCUGAAUGAAACUGUGAAUUCCCAUUUGGGGUUUAUUCAGAAAUUUCGUUUGCUCUUGAA